GAUCCGUCGGUGACACAAGUAACACAGAAUGCUCCUCCAGGGUUGGAAGAGUACAACCCCUUCACAGAUGCCAAGCCGGUGAGUAAAGUGUAGUGUAGUAGUAUUUGAAAUGUGCAUAUACAGUAUAUAUGAUAUUCUAAAACCUCACAUGCGACUCGUAAUAACACUAAGUAAUUAGCCGAUUCAAAUGUUUAUCUGUCUCCAUGUGGUCCUCUGUAGCUCAGCUGGUAGAGCACGGCGCUUGUAACGCCAAGGUAGUGGGUUCGAUCCCCGGGACCACCCAUACACAAAAAUGUAUGCACGCAUGACUGUAAGUCGCUUUGGAUAAAAGCGUCUGCUAAAUGGCAUAUUAUUAUUAUUAUUAUUAUUAUUAUAAAGAUGAUUUAGCAAUAUGCAAGUACACUAUAGUUGAUUUACAGUAAUAGGCAAUCAAGAAAUGUCUGAUACUAGAAUUCUAAAUAAAGUGUAUUUAAUUAUUUUGUAAAAAAUUCACAGCAUAAAUACAAGGCAUGAAGCUUAAGUUGCAAAGCAUUACAAGGCAUUAUUCUAAGCAUGAUCAGAGAGAGAAAGGGAGAGACGAAGAAACCAUGGCUUGUGCCAUUGCCCAUAGCUCAUGGAAGAGAGAGUGUAGGGAUCUCACCACAGCAAGAGGAACACAUCAUAUAAAUCUCUUUUUGUAAGCAUCUGAGUUGUUUGGAUUCAAAAUCUGAGUUGUUGACCAAUAGAAUUACUGUAAAGUUAACCUCCAAUCAGAUAGCAGACCUACAGGAUGUAACCUCAGCUUCUCAGAAGUGAGACAAUGGAGGUAGGCAAGAUCAACACAGAGAAUGAUGAAUUCCUAAGACAACACAGAGGAAAUUCUUGCAUACAGUUGAUAAGUCACUUCGAAGGCUGCCCUGCAAGCGCACUGCACAGUGUGAGAGGCCAUGUGUUGAGGAGAGGUGGCGGGUAGAUGGGAGACACCGACGCCAUUGAUGAGAUAAAAACAGAAGGACGUAGCUCCAGAUUAUAAGUGUUCAUUAUGUUAUUACAUUCAGCUUCUGUUCAUGAAGAAUGGUUGAAGAUGCUGAUUCCAGAAGGUGUCUGCUUCACAAUUGACACCUUAUUCUCCCUUUAGUACACUACGUUGUUUUGACCCAAGCUACAUAUGUUUCUUGUCAAAAGUAGUGCACUACAUGAGGAAUAGGGUAUGGUUUGAGCCAUAACCAGUGUGGGAUUGUUAAAAGAUGUAGCUAUUUUCUCCCAGGUCCACGCUGGCACAGCGCCGAAGGUACCGGCCCCCACCACCACCAACACACAACCAGCCAUCAUGAAGCCUACUGAAGAACCGCCUGCAUACUCACAGCCUCAACAGACACAGGUACCCCCCACACACACACCUCACAUCCUGUUCUACCCUUUUACGCCAUGCUAUUCCACCCCUCUGAAGAAAAGAGGGCUCAAUGUAGCGUUGCAUUUCCAUAGAAACACCAUGCAUGCCCCCCACCCCCCCACUCACACACACACACACAUUACACAUGCGCACACACCGUGCUCUGGUGGGUUUGGCAGCAGGCUCUCCCACAGAGCGUGGCGUGUUCUAAUUAAAAGCUGUUUGUGACAGAGUGUGGAGAUGCUUCUAAGCCUCAGAGACACUACAUAAACAUCAAUGUGGGCUCCACACCUCGCUGUCUAAGGGAGAAGUGUGACUUUGUGUUUGCACCUGAAAAGAGAGUGAGAGAGAGACACCAGCAGACAGAUAAGACAGGAACAAUAUUCCUUAUUCUACUACCUUUUUUUUCUACCUCUACUGACACAUUUACCUGUUUUUUUAAAUGUUUGGGCAUACACACACAGAGAUGAUAUCAGAAUGCUGCAACCUAGAUCAGAUGUACAGCUUAAGACAACGUCGUCACGAAUCUGGGACCAGCGCCGUUGCUAACUACUGGUGCCGUUACUAACUACCAGCACCAUUGCGAACUAGCAUAGUCCCAUUGUUGCAAAGAGUUAUGGGAUAUUAGAAUCCCGUUGUCUUGACCUUUGUCAUCUACAACCUAGGCUGCAACCAGGAAGUUGGCAAUAAGGCAUGUGACUAGUAUCCUGUCCCUUGUCCUGUUGAAAUAUCUUCCUACCUUUAAAGAUGCAUUGGGCAGCAUUUUGUCAGUAGUUUGGCUAGUGCCUAGUAGCAAUAGCUAGUGACGUCAAAUGCAACCAUUGCUUCACCUGCAGCUGUUGCAUGCUAGAGAUUGGGCGCGCGCACACACACACACACAUACACACACACAACCAGCAAUGCCUGCCUAGCGAUUAGCAUUUAGUCAAAUUAAAACCAGAACGUUAAUUAUUCUGACUCGCAUGGAGAGAAAGGAGGUGGAGAUGACUUCUGGGACUGUGCUGUGUGCUGACAGUAGUCUGCCAAACACAUGCACACACACACACACACACACACACACACAUUACUAAAACAAAAAGUCAGCUGCCUCAAUGUCAGUUUCAAGUUGACUUGAAGUUCACGGUUUGUCAGAGGUCAAAUCAGACUUGUCAGCCAUAUGGAGCCUGAUCUAGUCUGGAUAACAUCUAGAACAUCUCUGUACUGUAUAUCUCUUUUGUGUGUUUAGUAUAGUGUUAGUGCGCACUGUUUGAUGUGUGUGUGUGUGUGUGUGUGUGUGUGUGUGUAGGAGCAGGCGUGGGCGGCUACAGAGCUGCUGAGGAGACAGGAGGAGCUGGAGAGGAAGGCAGCGGAGCUAGACCGCCGGGAGAGAGAGAUGCAGUCGCUCAGCACAUCAGGAGGUUGGCACCAACCUUCACACAACAUUCAACCAAUGGUCUUGCAUUCGAACUACGUUACACUUUGUCAGACCCAAACCUUCACACAACAUUUUGCAGAAUCAUUCAAGCAUUGCUCUCUUCUCUCUGUCCCAGGUAGGAAAAACAACUGGCCUCCUCUCCCAGAGAAGUUCCCCGUGGGCCCAUGUUUCUACCAUGACAUCACAGUGGAUAUCCCUGUAGAGUUCCAGAAGACUGUCAAGAUCAUGUACUACAUCUGGAUGUGUGAGUUACCUCUGCCCUCUUGUCAAGUCAUCUGCCCCCCUCAGUGCUUGUAACGUCAGAAAACAGACACUACUAUGGCAAAUGUACACUUUAGAAUUGUUCUUUCAAUAUGACUGAACCUUUGCCUCAGUUUUGUCGCUAGCUUCGAAGAAAUCUGAUCUCCAGAAGUCUCUUUCUUUACUUGACAGCCAGUCUGUUAAAUAUGAAAAGGCCAUUGAGAGGGAUUAUGAAGGACAUUUAUUAGAUAUGAGCCAAUAGCACAGCGUGGAAUUCCACCGCCACAUGGGUAGGUCAUGUGGUUGGUUAUGUGACCGGGUCAGGUGACUGGGGGGGAGACAUUGGGAGUUCCAACCUGUCUUGAGGCCCUACCCUCCCUCUCUUAUCUCUCACUCUUCCUCGCGCUACCCUCUUCCUCGCCCUCACUCCCUCUCUUAUCUCUCUCUCUCGCUCUCUCUCUCUCUCUCUCUCCUCUACCUACACGUUAUGUAUUCUCUCUCUCACCCAGAGUGUGAGAGUAGUGUUAGAUUCCUCAGUAUGGUGCAGAAUCCUGCCACUGUAGCUAUAUGACUAUACCAUGCCAAUGUGACUGUACACUACAACACACCAGACUCUAUACAAUGCCCAGAGCCAUGCCAUUAUUGUAGCCCCAAGGUAGAGUUCUGCUCAUUGUGAAUUAUUUAAUUGACCGUGUGUGCGCACCACCAGGCUCCUUAGUGUGUUAAAUUAUUAAGCAGCCAUCUUUCCUUGUCCUCCUCCUAUUCCUAACAUCCUGUUCUUCAUUAGCAUGACUUGGCAGGACACUGAAGUAGCCUAUUAGGGCCUCUAUCAAAAAGGAUCUUUCAGAUAGAAAUGUAAUGUGAUGCGGCAUAGGACCUAUAUCAAGUACUCUCUCUUUCACAUAGAAAUGUAACUUAAAGAGCUGAUACACAUCUCUAUUCUACACAACUGCCAUUUCUGUCUGCUCUAUAUGUUACAUUUCUAUAUACAACAUUUUUAUUUAAACUAAUCAGUGGUAUUGUUUGUCAUUCCCCUCAAGUCCACACAGGGACGCUGUUUGCCAACAUGUUUGGCUGUCUGGCCUGGUUCUGUGUGGAUGCGUCCAGGGGAGUGGACUUUGGUCUGGCCAUGCUCUGGUUCAUGAUCUUCACCCCCUGCUCCUUCGUCUGCUGGUACAGACCCCUCUAUGGAGCUUUCAGGUGGGUGUACAAACAAGCACACAAACGGAGUCACACAGACAUACACACUCACAGAGGCCGUUCAUUAAACAGCAAUCUCUUUCUCUCUCUCCAGGAGUGACAGCUCGUUCCGUUUCUUCGUCUUCUUCUUCGUCUACAUCUGUCAGUUUGGUGUCCACGUGAUGCAGUCCAUCGGCAUCUCCGGCUGGGGCGCCAGGUGAGGACAGUCACUGUCACAGACAUUAACAGGAAGUGACAUGGACACACGGUUCUUUGACAUCACUCGGAAUAGAUGUUAUUCACCUUGAUAUGGAUAGAGAUUCAGUACCUAAUAUCCUCUCUCUGGUUGUCCUUCUCUAUCUCCUACAGUGGGUGGAUCUCAGCUCUGACUGGUCUGAAUAAGAGCAUCCCUGUUGGCAUCAUCAUGAUCCUCAUCGCUGCUCUCUUCACCGCCCUGGCUGCCAUGUCCCUCAUCAUGUUCAAAAAGGUACCCUACACACAAUCCCUCAUCAUAAUCAUGAAGCUGUGAAUGAGCCUCAGCCUUUCACCAUGUUUGAGAAGAUUAGAUUCAAAGGAAUCAUAACAUCCACACAUUCUUUGAGAUGAUGAACACUUGGGGUAUUUAUAGACAUCAUUUAAAUAAUUACCUCCCCUCCUCCCUCUCCCCCCUCCCCUCCUCUUCUCCGCCCCUUUUCUCCUCUAUCCCUCCCUCUCCCCUCCUCCCCCUCUCAUCCCUUCAGGUCCAUGGCAUGUACCGUACCACGGGGGCCAGCUUUGAGAAGGCUCAGGCAGAGUUCGCCACGGGCGUCAUGGCCAACAAGACGGUCCAGACUGCCGCCGCUACCGCAGCCUCCAACGCCGCCAGCGGAGCCUUCAAGCAACAGAUCUGA